AUGCCGCGGUCGAAUUGGACUUCCAAUCCGACAGCCCCAAAGUUCGUUUCACCUAGCUACCUAGUUUCAUUGAUAAGACUUGCACUAAUAAAAGAAAGUCACAGCUCGAGCAGACGCUUUUCUUUCUCUCUUUCUCCUGCUUCCAAGGCAGCAAAGCGAGUUCUUUCUCAGCGGUCAAAUAAUCGACGCUCUUUCGACUCACAGGCAAGCUCAUCGACGCUUGGCAAUAUGCCUGUCGUAGAGGUCGAAAAUUACCUGACAGCACUGGCUGUCCGAUGGUCAACUGCAAAUCGAAUUUGA